UUUGCCGGCACCUUCCAACUAAAUAGAAAACUUUUGUUUACCUUGUUAGGAAUGCUCAAUGCACUUUAGUUAAGGAAAGAUAGAGGAAAAUUGUAAGGUGUGAUUUUCUUCACAGUAGUUCAUGGAUUCCCAUAAUAUGGAUAUGAAUAUGAUGGAAAUGAAUAGUUGUCAAUCUUGGUCAUACCAGGCUGGAGAUAGCAUGAAAGCUCUUAUUGAAGUCACAAAAACAGACAGUGAUGAUCACAAGAAAAAGUCACGCCGAAUUGAAUACAAAACUCAUAACGCAAUAUAUUAUACAAUGCGGUUUCUUUUUGAAUGUGGGUACAAACUUAAGGCCAAUCCAAUAACUAUAGCUACAGCAUCUGUAAUAUCUCACCGAUUUUUUAAAGAAUUUGAUACUGGUUAUGAUAAAUAUUUGAUUGCUGCCACGUCGUUGUACAUUGCCGGAAAAUUGAAAGAUGAAAAGUACAAAUUGCGAGAUGUAAUAAACGUUGCUCACCAAACCCUCCACAGAGGAUCUUCUCCGUUAGAUUUCCGAGAAGAGUAUUUUAUGAGAAGGGAUGCUAUAGUUCAGGCAGAGUUGCUUAUCAUGAGGACUCUCCAGUUUAGAAUAAGCACUCCCAGCACUCAUAAGUAUCUCCUCCAUUACUUAUCAACUUUAAAAACAUGGUUAACAAAAGAAAUCUGGGAGACAGUUCCUCUGUGCCAAUCAUCAUUUGCAUUUUUACAAGAUUUUCAUCAUGACCCUUUGGUUUUGGAAUUCGCUCCUCAGAAUAUAGCCCUGGGGUGUAUUCAUUUAGCCAUGCAAUGCUAUGGUGUAGAUGUGCCCUGCAUCCCCGAAACGGAUGACUUUUGUUGGUUCACUGUUUUUUAUCAACAUGCAAAAAAAGAUGAUAUUUGGCAGGUUAUAGAAGCAAUAAUGGAUAUUUACAAUAGAGAAGAACAGUCGCCAGGAAAUGCAAAAAACUUUUAAAAUCAUUUUAUUAAAUACAGAUUUGAUUUUUUUUUUUUUUUUUUUUUUUUUUAGUGUACAUAUAUUUCUUUUUGGUUGUUAAUUUUUAUAUUUCAUUCCAUUUGAAAAUUGAUGUUUGUUAAUUGAGUUUUUCCAUUUAAAUUUAGUUGUGUUUGCUGAUUGUUAUUAUAUAAUUUACUAUCAAUUAUUUUAUCGAUUACGACUUUAAUAUCUUUUUUAUUAUUAUUAUUGAACAUGACAAGUUCAUCUAAAAUUAUCAAAUUCCACUUGUGUCUUUACAAUUAGAUAGCAAUUUUGUAAAAUAAAUAUUUUCUUUGUAGCAAACAAAUACGAAAAUUGUUAUGACAAGAAAACCUAGACAAAUUGAGGAAUGUGUACAUUUAUUUAUAAACAUUUUGCAUAAGACUAUCAUUUAUGCACCUAAAAUAUUAUGAAAAUGUUUUAAUUGAAUACUUUUAAAUUAUAUUACUAAAUUUAAAUUAAUACUAGUCCAUUGUAUACAUAAUUUGCUUACAGUUGUUUAAAUUCUUUGUGAUAAUAAAAAAUAACAAAAAUCA